AUGAUGGCAUUCCCACUUUUUUAUAUACACGUCAGUUUCGUGAAAGCUUUGAACCAACUGCACAAUAUUCCAGCAGUCAACCAGAUCUGCACUCAGAUCGCCGGCACAACAGAUAGGGUAAGGACGCAAGCACUCCAGGGACAUAACUACCGCAGAUCACGGCUUGCUCAAGGACUUGUGACAAAAAACAACGGUAAUAACAUGCCCCAAGGUGGCGACAUCAGAAGAAUGCAGUGGAGUUGUGAUCUGGAAACUUCGGCCAGAGAAUCUGCUAUGAGAUGUGACACUGCAACGUGGCCUAAUCUUCCAGGUGGUGUACAGGAGAACAUAAUGGUAUUCUCGAAAAGUCGAGCUAGAUACCGCAAGGAUGCAAUUGUAGUGGUGAGUAAAUUAGCAGUGCUAUUAAACAUUGGUGGAGCCAAAUUCGCAAAGUUAAUGGUCCUGGACGGAGAGCCAUUUUCAGAACCAGGUUACAAGGCACGAGAAUCCAGUCGUUCACCAGAAUGGCAUGGGGAAGUACAUACUUGCUUGGCUGUUUUGUUCAUCCAUGCAGUGGCAAUAGAUGGUCUGCCGUGUGCCAUUACAGUCCUGGAGGGCAAUAUUGCCGAAAACGCGAUCUACAACCCCGGUACACCGUGCUCGAUGUGUCCCAUUGGAACCUACUGCGGUGGAAAUAAACUUUGUGUUAGUGUGUAA